GAACAUUGACAUCAGUGGUAAGGAAACAUGCUAUACAAUCUGACAGCCUUUCUGACAAUCAGCCAAGGGAAAAAGCUGGGAAUGAGAACCAUAGCUGUUUACUGGGAACUCAGGGAGGAUUAUGUUCAAACGUGCUGAUUCAAAGGUUGGAGAACAGAAAUGGAUAACAGGCCCAACAUCAGCAACAUGCUACAGUUGGAGACUAUUGGUGUCUCACCUGUAUAUGUUUACCCAUUGUUUAGCAUUCUGCUUAUUACCUAUCUGAUCACUAUUAUUAGCAAUGUAGGAAUCCUUGUUCUUAUCAUCAUGGAAAGGAGUUUACAGCAGCCCAUGUACCUGUUAUUCUGUAACCUGUCCUUCAAUGAUAUUCUGGGGAACACUAAUGUUAUGCCUCGAAUCUUGUCAGAUCUCCUUUCAAAUGACAGAAGCAUUAGUUAUGUUGAGUGUGUCACUCAAGCAUUCUGUAAUCAAACAUCUGCUACUGCUGCACACACAAUACUGAUGAUCAUGGCUUUUGACAGAUAUGUGGCCAUUUGUAAUCCCUUGAGAUACUCUUCAGUAAUGACCACCAGCAUGGUCUUGAAGCUUUCGGUAUGUGCUUGGGGAUUUGCCAUACUGAUGGUGUCAGUCUUGCUGGGCCUCACCAUACGUCUCAAACUUUGCAGGACACUUAUUGUAAACAUGUACUGUGAUAAUGCAUCUCUGUUUAAGCUCUCCUGCCAGGAUGUGACCAUCAACAACAUUUAUGGUCUGGCUUUCACGGCGGUUCUUCUGACAUCUUCAAUGGGCAGCAUAGCCCUUACUUACUUUAGAAUCGUUACAAUUUGUGUCACCAGGAACAAUAAGGAGCUAAACAGCAAAGCUCUGCAAACUUGCACCAGUCACUUAGUCGUCUAUAUGAUCAUGUUGUGGACUGGAUUUAUAAGCAUUAUUUUUCAUCGCAUUCAAAUUGACUCCAGCUACCGGAAGCUUUCAAAUCUGUUGUUUUUCAUCAUCCCAGGAAAUUUAAACCCUAUUAUUUAUGCAAUACAAACAAAAGAAUUGAAAACUAAAAUGAAGAAAAUAUUUAGUGUUAAAGUAACACAAGCUCAAUAAAUUUCUAAUGGAUGCUUAACACCAUCGUGAUUUUUUUUUGCAUUAAAUAUAAUUUGCUCUUUAUGUUGUUGAUCAUUGGUUACUUUACCUUUAUUAUACAGUAAAGAAAAUUUAAUCCGAAAUAGUAAUGAAAAUGUUUUUAAAAACUGAUGAUAUAUGGAAAAAUGUAGGAGCAGGGAGUCAGUGAGUGUCAUAGGCAAAGAAAACAAACUGUACCAAAAGUAACUCUGAAUUCAUGUCUAUUUAAGGACGAAAAUGUUUCUAAUUUUGUGCAUCAUAACGAAUAAAAUAGUAGAAAUGCCUCAUCCAAUCCUACCAGACCAACGUGAGAAAAAUUUAAAAGUGAUUGCAUGUUCUCUCUGUGUGACAUGAAAUUCCUCCCGUAUUCCAAAGACAUGCAAUUAGGCUAGUCGGGGCCCUAAAUUGCCUAGAGUGUAUGACUGUGAAUAUGCACUAGCCUGCAGAGUACAGCACAGGCCCCGGGGCCCAGCCUGUCACCUUAAUCAGGAUAACUAUAUAAACGAUGGCUGCAUGUAUUUCGCUGGAGUAAUUUUAUGGCUCUAUGGUUUAUGCAUUUCAUCAGAAUGAACAAUGCAACCAAUACUGUAUGUGCUUCUCAUUUUCACACAUUAAAGCUGU